UGGAACUUGUUCCUGCCGUGCUCUUAAAGUGAUCCUUGACUUGAUGUGACUUCUGUUAUAGUGUCUGAUUGGAGACUGAUAAAUAUUUAUUUUAGGUCAUUCCAGUGUUAUGAGGCUGUUGUCUACUGACUAGAUGUGACAUUCCCAUACCCGUAUCGAGGGAGAUCAUACUAGAUGUACUGCCAGUCUAUGUAUAAUUGCCAGCCUUCCCGCCUCUCUCUUUCAUCUCCCACAAAACUAGGGCGCCGAUGCUUUAGCUGCGGCACCGGGCCGACCCCGUGGUCACGAUACUUCGGUUUGAUUAAUUGCUCAUUGGCAGCAUCUAGGGUCUUAACGCCUUGUUACGAGGUUUGUUAGUAGCUCUUUUCAUGUCUACUCCACAUACCAAGCGUAUAUGCCAGAUAAUCAAGCUCAAACCAGAAUGCGCGGACGAGUACAAAGAGGUCCACAGGAACGUCUGGCCUGGCGUCCUCAACUCCCUUAGACGGCACCACAUCGUGGACUACUCGAUCAACCAUUAUCCGCCGUUGAAUUUACUCAUCGCGAACUUCAAGUACACGGGUAGUGACUUUGAGAAAGACAUGAAAGCUAUUGGGGACGACGAGGAGACGCAGAGGUGGUGGAGGCUCACAGAUGGUAUGCAAGAGAGCUUUAAUGACGGAAUCCCUUGGUGGACGGACGUAGAAGAAGUCUUCCGUUUCGAGGGAGGUUCUUCAGCAUGAUAUGUUGACACCUGUCGUUGAUGAGAUUGACUACCUCUUCGGGCUGUCGACUAGUUGGAAGGUAGUGGUGCGAAUAUUGAAAAGGUAGAGAAUAAGGUAAAUUCGCCCAAGACAAGGAUGUGGCUGGUUACAUUGCUCAAACUCGAUGCGAAACUUAACUUCAAGACAUGACAGAAUUCAUCGGC